AGGCCGCCCUCUGAAUCAAGGUAAAGAGGUGCUCCCAACGGUUCCGUCAAGUGCGGUGGCAGGCAGCGGCUCCGCCAAGACUCCAUCACCUUUGGGUUCUGGAACGCCGCUGGGCGCACGCGCUGCAUUUCUUGCUUCUCUUCGGAUGACCUCUGGAAUCGAUGUCAAACCGCUCAUGACGGGAAGAGAUGUCUUAGAUUCGCUCGAAAACCCGUUUGGAAGUGGUCCAAACUCCGCUGCCUUCCCUGAGAACGAAGACGACGAGAGCGAUGCCGGUGGCCUGAAGAGCCGACGCAUGAGCAUGGCGAUGAGUUUGACUGAUGUUAGUAAGAGUGAUGCCACGAACGUCAAGAAUAUUAAUCCUCCACGGGCUCAGUCCGUCUCCCACAUGGUCGUUGAGGAUGCGCCGUCAUCUUUCUCCACUCGCCGCCUUUCUCUUGCCUUUACUCCCAUCGGAGAGCCAUCCCUCGAGACUUACGAUAGCGAAUUCGCCCCAAGUGCAACAACUGAAGCGGCCACGCCUGCAUCUAAGUUCCAUCGAUCUUCUUCCGUUAUGGCAGACUCGCUCGACGCUAGAGCUGCAACCGAUACUACUACUGUCGAAGGUCUUCUCAUUGCUACCAAGGAGUCUAAGUAUGGCUUUAGGGACGAACAUUAUCGCGAUGAACGUGCCACUGUCUCGAUGGCGCAGGUCACUAGGGAGCUUCAAGCUGAAUUGCAGGAGUCAGAUGGCGGGGUUGCUGAUCCAAAAAUUGGGAAUAUACCACUUCGUCGUGACAGCGAUGAUGUGCCACAACCAGUGGCUAGGCGUAAAUCAAUGAGCGAGUACCUUACGGAGGCUGCCAUGGUUGAUCAGGACGACGGUCACGAUGCUCCCAAAGAGAAUAAUCCUUGGAUGUCUGCGUCUUUGGAUGCCACAGCCUCUAUCGACACCACUCUCCCAGAGAACAUUGCUGUCCCCCCUCGCGCUCAUCGCUCAUCUUUCGGCCCCGGUUCCCACAAAGGCCGCAGUAAAUCUUUCACAGAGUUGAAUGAUGUGCCCUCGAUGGCUGAAAUUGGAAUUGACGAGUAUAUCAUUCGGGACGAAACGGAUCCAACCACGUCGAAACGCAGUAACGUGGCGAACGAUUAUCCUGGGAUAGAUCCUGCUGAGCUCAAAAAACGAAGAAUGAGCAGUUUCAUGGAUGAGAUUUCCAACACUGACGCUACAUUACUGGAGAACAUUCAAGCACCACCAACGGUGGACCAAACGUAUCACCAAGCUGCUAGGCUUCCCCAUUCUCUUUCAUCUAGGCGCUCCAGCAGCGAGGUCUUUUCAUCCUGAACACAUUCAGGGUAGUGUGAUUCAUCGCACUUCGCUGUUAGUCAUUGGCCAUUACCCGAUAGAACAAAGUUGUCCCUUCAAUUAUUGGUCCUUUGU